CGGCUUGGCGUCGUAUGGAAGAAUCCAUCUUGGAGAGCGUUUGCUGGUUGUCUUGUCACUAGGCGAUUUGGAGAGAUUAUUUUCAACUUAUUUUAUUUGUGACAAGGGAUCCUAGUAGAACAUGUCAGACACCGAGCAACAGUUUAUGGAAACAUCCGAGAACGGCCAUGAAGGCGAGGAGGAUUUUAACGGAGCCGAGCCCGCUGAUGAGACCGAAGCCCCGAAUGAAGGCGAGGCAGAGACCGAAGCCUGCGUAGAAGAUAAAACUGCAUUAGAGGGAGAAGGCAAAGGGGAGGGAGAAGAUUCACAAAAUGGUGCCUCGGAGGGGGAAGGCGGACAGAUCAACGCCAGCAAAGGCGAGGAGGAUGCGGGGAAAAUGUUUGUUGGCGGACUUAGCUGGGACACAAGUAAGAAAGAUCUUAAAGAUUAUUUCUCUAAAUUCGGUGAGGUGACAGACUGCACCAUAAAGAUGGACCAGCAGACAGGCAGGUCAAGAGGCUUUGGCUUUAUUCUCUUCAAAGAGGCAGCCGGUGUAGACAAGGUUCUCGAGCAGAAGGAACACAGACUAGAUGGGCGACAGAUUGACCCCAAGAAGGCCAUGGCCAUGAAGAAGGAGCCUGUAAAGAAAAUCUUUGUAGGUGGCCUCAACCCAGAUACAGAAAAGGAAGUUAUCCAGGAGUACUUUGGAACUUUUGGAGAGAUUGAGACGAUUGAGCUUCCACAGGAUCCAAAAACAGAAAAGAGAAGAGGCUUUGUGUUCAUCACGUAUAAAGAUGAAACUCCUGUCAAAAAAGUGCUAGAAAAGAAAUUCCAUAACGUCAGUGGAAGCAAGUGUGAGAUUAAAAUAGCCCAGCCCAAAGAGGUGUACCAGCAGCAGCAGUAUGGUGGCCGUGGUGGUGGGGGACGGGGCAGGGGUCGUGGGGGUCAGGGCCAGAACUGGAACCAAGGUGGUGGUGGUGGAUACAACAACUACUGGAACCAAGGCUACGGUAACCAGGGCUACGGCUACGGUGGACAGCAAGGCUAUGGUGGAUACGGAGGCUAUGGCAACUACGACUACUCCGCUGGAUACGGCUAUGGGGGUGGCUACGACUACAACCAGGGCAAUGCAGGCUAUGGGAAAACUCCAAGACGUGGAGGCCACCAGAGUAGCUACAAGCCAUACUGAUCACAUGUAGUGCAGGUCUAAAGUAAAUAAGAAAAAAGAAACCCAUGGUCCGGCCACAGCGAACAUGGGCUCUGGCUUUUCCUUUGGAGUUGGCAGAAAUUUGGCCUCAUGCCGCAUAUGUACAGAUGAAGUGAGGAACUGGGGAAGCAAAUGCCACUUCCACUUUUUAUUUGAUAUUGUUUUGUGUCCAUUUCCAGAGAUGGAAGUGUUAUUUUUACUGUACUUUUUGGUACCUUUUUGAAUAAUGUAUUGUAUGGUCGUAUUUUACAUGUCUGCUGGACUUACCAACAAACAGGAGCAGAGCUUUCGUAAGCUUUUCAAAUAAACUUUUGUUGGUGUUUCUAGAUUUGUAGUUUUUUUUUUUUCUCAUGCUGAGUGUUUGAUGCGAGUUGCAUGGCUUCAGAUGUGGGGUGAGGCGACUGGAUUAAACUAAUCAAAGGUUUCAUUGUAAGCUUGUCUAGUGAAUGUUUGCAGUUGGCUAGUAGACGAUGACAACCAGCAUUUGUUUUUUGGCUUUUAAGGAGUCUUUCCCCCCCCUCCCAUAUUGUCUGCAUUUUUAAAGUGGCUACUAGUGUUACAAACAAUCCAACCGAGCGCAAGUCUGUUAAUGUAAGAGGGCCUUCCCUCUCUCACUGGAAACUCAUUCCUCUAGUGUCUUGGGCAAAUUGGUAGAAAUAAACUUUUGGUUUAUAUUA